AUGGCAAAGACUUCAUCUGGCAGGCAUGGAUUGAUUCUCUCCAUUGCAACCAUGGCACUGGCUGUUUGGAAUUCCAUCAGCGCCCAGGAAUCCAACAGAAUUCUUCAGCGGCCUGUCAGGACCUCUGAUCCCCUGAUUAUCCAGAGCCAUGCCUUAAGGGUAUACCCCAGCCCGGAUGAGUUUAGACGGCUCCAUUUCAAGACCACCACGGACUCCAUACAGUUGUCAGAAGGACAUGAGACUAAAUUCAGCUGCUCCAUUGAUAUUCCGGAUACUCAACUGGAGCCCAGCAUAUUGUGGAUGAAGAACGGUCAGGAGCUGGCUACUAACAUGCAUGUGCUGAUCAAUGAACUUCAGACCAUUACGGAGAGGGCAACAACACUUCUCUCCACUGUCAGCAUUACUGAGGUGCAGAGGUCUGAUGCUGGCGAAUACCGCUGCAGGCUCACAAUUGGCAACAUGAUGGUGGACUCUCAACCUAUCACCAUCAGAGUAGAAGGUCUUCCAACCUUUAUCCAGCAACCCGAGGAUCGCAACGUAUCAAAAGACACUCCUUUUGCUUUGUCAUGUGAGGCUGUAGGACCUCCAGACCCCAUUAAUAUUCGCUGGCUACGUGAUGGAAUUCCUGUUGGUGGCUACAAUAACUCAACCAGCACUUACAAUGUGGAAGGUGUCAACAAGUACACUCAGUUUAGCUGUGAAGCUUACAAUUCGAAGGGGGUCAGUACAUCCAGAGAGGCAAACAUCAACAUAAAAGCGCUUCCCAGUUCUGUGUCUAACGUGACAGUUAUAGCAAGAGAGUCCAGUAAAUUAACACUAAGCUGGACGCCGGGACAUGACGGCUUCUCUCCGUUGUCCAAGUGCCACAUCAGGGUGAAAGAGGUGAGUCGCAGGAUAGGGGAGGUCACAAUUACCAGAUUCAUCAACGUCACAGUGCCGCCGUUCCAGUGUCAAGUCUCUGGGCUGCAAGCAAUGACUUCCUACAACAUGAGCGUUUCCUGCAGCAAUGAGGUGGGGACAUCUCCGGUCUCUCCGUGGAUCCAGAGCAACACAACAGAGGGAGUGCCAUCAGUUUAUCCUCGAAACGUCACCAUGCUACUGAAUGAAACAUGGCUGGUGAUCAGGUGGAAGCCUCCGCCAGAUGAUAAAAUCAACGGUAUCUUGCAAGGCUACGACAUUAUUGUCCGACAUGGGACGCAAGUGAACAAGAUCCACAGCUACACCAACACGGCCUUCAUAGCAGUGCACGAUUUCAACACCACAUACAGUGUGGAGGUGGCUGCAUGCACACGUGCUGGGAGCGGCAUGGUCAGCCCACGAGUCUGGUUAUUUGUGCCAGAAGACAAAUCUGGACCAUCACCGUCCUCAAGCCCCGGCACCAAAAUUCCAGAUUCCGUCAGUGUUGUACUGGGUGUGGUGUGUGGAUUCUGUCUUUUGAUGCUUGUCCUUUGGGUGGCUAUCUGUGUACGUAACAGGACAUCUGACUCUUGGCUUGGGCGGUUGUUGGGAAGUGGAGAAAAGCAACAGCCAAUGGUCCAGUACAAACCUCAGAGGUCCUACAAUCGGUCUGCUGUUGGAAUCACACUCGUAAACCUCGGCGUCAGUGAUGAACUUCAUGCCAAACUACAGGAUGUGAUGGUCAUGAGGAACUUGCUGUCAAUAGGAAAGGUUCUUGGAGAAGGUGAAUUUGGCUCUGUGGUGGAGGGCUAUUUAAAACAACCAGAUGGGACAUCAGAAAAGGUUGCUGUCAAGACAAUGAAAUUGGAUAGCUUUUCUCAGAGAGAAAUAGACGAGUUCCUGUAUGAAGCGGCCUGCAUGAAAGAUUUCCACCAUCCCAAUGUCAUCAAGCUGCUUGGUGUGUGCCUGGAAACGGUCACUGGACACUUCCCCAAGCCUAUGGUCAUCCUGCCCUUUAUGAAAUAUGGAGAUCUACACACCUUCCUGCUGCGCUCACGCCUGGGAGAAAAUCCAAUAUUCUUACCAACACAGACGCUCCUGAAGUUCAUGGUCGACAUUGCCUCUGGUAUGGAGUAUCUCAGCGGUCGGAACUUUCUGCAUCGUGACCUGGCCGCUCGCAACUGCAUGCUGCGAGAUGACAUGACAGUGUGUGUGGCUGACUUUGGCUUAUCCAAGAAGAUCUACAGUGGAGAUUAUUAUAGACAGGGCAGGAUCGCCAAAAUGCCUGUUAAAUGGAUAGCUGUUGAGAGUCUGGCGGACAGAGUAUUUACUGUUAAAAGUGAUGUGUGGGCAUUUGGUGUAACCAUGUGGGAGAUUGCUACACGAGGGAUGACACCAUACCCUGGUAUCCAGAACCACGAGAUUUAUGACUACCUUCUUGAAGGACAUAGGCUGAAACAGCCAACGGACUGUUUGGACGACAUGUAUGAGAUAAUGUACAGCUGCUGGAGGGCCGAUCCUUUGGACCGACCCCUUUUUUCCCAACUGAGAGAAAUGCUGGAAAAAAUUGCCGAAAGGUUCCCAGAGUCUUUUAGCAAAGAGGAUAUCAUCUACAUUAACACCAGCUUCCAGGAUGACAGUCCUGAUGGAGAGGUGUCAGAACAUCCUGUGCUUAGCUCCUCCCCAUCAUGCAGCCGCCAGGAGGCAGAAAACUCAAUAGUUACUGCAGACAUUCACGGGAACAUGGAGGAGGACGAUGAAGAUAGCCGUUAUGUGGUGGUCAUCGGCCCAGAUACUUCACCAAUAUCUGCAACACAGGACACUCCUCUUUUGUCGAGUGGUUCCUCAAGUCACUCAAAUGGCAACAUGGUUCCUCGUGGUACACGGACAGAUCACAACUCCAGUGAUAUUUCUCACGUGCUGUAA